GGAGGGAGGGAGAGUGAUGACGGAGGAGUUAAAAAAAUGAGUUUUUUUAUGCUUAAUAAAGGAGGCGUUGUUUUGGCGAAUAUGGUAGCGCCGCUGCUUUAAUGGAGUAAUAAUAAGAUAACUGCCGUUGCUGCUGCUCGUGCAAUAGGACCUCGCGUAGGAGAAGGGAGGAGAAGGAGGAGGAGGAGGAAAUUGGGAUCGCCAUCGGCUGGUUAUUAGCUUCUUCUUCUGCUGCUGACGGUGAUGGCGGAAGGGCGCGAGAGCAAGAAAGGUCUAUAUGCAGGGGAUCCGCUCUACGAAGAGCUGUGGAGGGCUUGCGCUGGUCCUCUGGUGGAAGUACCGAGGGCCAAGGAGAAGGUCUUCUACUUCCCACAGGGCCAUAUGGAACAGUUGGAAGCAUCGAUGAAUCAGGAGCUAAAUCAGCAGAUUCCUCUCUUCAAUCUCCCUCCCAAGAUUCUCUGCAGCGUUGUGGAUGUUCGACUGAAAGCUGAUACUGAAACAGAUGAAGUGUUUGCUCAAAUAGUUCUUCUUCCGGAAGUUGAUCAAUAUGAAGUUCCAAGUCCUAAUGAAUGUCCCGUGGAGGCCAGACCUAAAGUGCACUCUUUCUGUAAGAUUUUGACAGCCUCAGACACAAGCACUCAUGGCGGAUUCUCUGUUCUUAGAAGGCAUGCUACUGAAUGUCUUCCUCCGCUUGACAUGUCACAACAAAUUCCGACUCAGGAACUUGUGGCUAAGGAUCUCCACAACUUUGAAUGGAGAUUCAAGCACAUCUUCAGAGGUCAACCGCGGAGGCACUUGCUCACCACUGGAUGGAGUACCUUCGUCACAAGUAAGAGAUUAGUUGCCGGAGAUGCAUUUAUUUUCUUAAGAGGGGAGGAUGGAGAGCUACAUGUUGGGGUAAGACGCCUUGCUAGGCAACCGACGACAAUUCCAGCAUCAGUCAUAUCCAGCCAGAGUAUGCACCUUGGUGUGCUUGCGACUGCCUCGCAUGCUUUCACAACUCAUACUCUCUUUACCGUUUACUACAAGCCAAGGAUGUGCCAGUAUAUCAUAAAUGUCAACAAGUACUUCGAAGCUUUGAAAGUUGGAUACAUGGUAGGGACUAGAUUUAAGAUGAGAUUUGAGGGUGAAGAUGUUCCUGAAAAAAGGUUUUUGGGGACCAUUGUUGGGAUUGAAGAUCUUUCUUCUCAGUGGAAAGAUUCUAAAUGGAGAUCCUUGAAGGUUCAAUGGGAUGAGGCAACUAAUAUUGAGCGACCGAAGAGAGUCUCUCCUUGGGAGAUUGAACCUUUCAAUGCCAAUGUUCCUGCUGAAAAUGUCCCAAUACCGGUGAUUGCCAAGAGCAAAAGAUCGAGGCAGCCCAGUGAUAUUGAUGAUAUCUCAGUCUAUGAAUCUAAUGCUUCAUUCUGGUACUCCGAAGUGUCUGAGCCACAAGAUUUAGCGGCAUUAAUUGGUAGAAAUGCAGAAAUUGACGAAACAGGAGAUACAUGGCUAUUGAUACCAAAAGGACACCAGAGAAACAGUAUGUUACGCAUGACAAGUCCACAGGAUCCUUUAAUGUUUGAUGGCUGGUUGAAGGAAGCCCGAUCUCCAGUGAAGAGCUCAGCUUCAUCACUAACUUCACUGAAACUAUCCCAAGAAGCAAGUGAAGAGACCAAGUACACUACUUGCAGUAUGACUGCCCUUAAGUUAGGUAAUGCCAUAGAGGACUCGAAGAAACCUGAAAGUAGUGCUGCUAAUUACCGCCUAUUUGGCAUUGAUCUAUCCAAUCACUCAAAGCUAUCUACUCCUUCGGAGGACUCCGAACAGAAGUUGGGACUUUCCAAAACUCCAAAAGAACAAAAACAAUUCCCCCAAGAUGGUCCAAAGGAAAUUCAUGGUCAACCGAAUUGUCUAGCCAGAAGCCGCAUCAAGGUUCACAUGCAAGGCAUUGCAGUAGGCCGAGCUGUGGAUCUGACCAUGUUAGAAGGAUACGAUCAACUGAUAACAGAACUGGAAGAGAUGUUCGAUAUCAAAGGAGAACUUCAUCACCAGAAUAAAUGGGAAAUCGUCUACGCUGACGAUGAGGGUGAUAUGAUGCUAGUCGGAGAUGACCCUUGGAUGGAAUUCUGCAACAUGGUUAGGAAGAUUUACAUCUACCCUACUGAAGAGGUGAAGAAAAUGAAGCCUAUGGGCAGUCUUAGGCAAUCUUACUUAAACAGUGGAUGACGGCAAAAGAGGAUCCUGAACUGAAGGAUGAGUGCUAACCUCAUUUGUUUACUCAACAAUGCAGUUGACAUCGAAAUCACGACAGUUGCACGAACAUUGCCAUCAAUGUUGAUCACUACCGCUUAGUAUCAUAUAUAUAUAUAUAUAUAUAUGUAUCUAUGUAUAUAGAAGAUAAUAUACUUCUGAUGUGUCGAAUCUAUAGUUUGGAGUUGCUUGUUUUGCUGAUUCUGCGAGUCUUAGUGUUGCGACCUUGAUGCAUUUGGCUUGUAAAAAUAUGGUAUGAAUUUUUUCUCA